GGCGAGCGAUGGAGGGCGACAGCGGGAGCCCGUGGGCCCUGGGGCUGCUGCGCACCUUCGACGCGGGCGAGUUCGCGGGAUGGGAGAAGGUCGGCUCGGGUGGCUUCGGGCAGGUGUACAAGGUGCGCCAUGUCCACUGGAAGACGUGGCUCGCCAUCAAGUGCUCUCCAAGCCUGCACGUCGACAACAGGGAGCGCAUGGAGCUUCUGGAAGAAGCCAAGAAGAUGGAGAUGGCCAAGUUCCGAUACAUCCUGCCUGUGUACGGCAUUUGCCGAGAUCCUGUCGGCCUGGUCAUGGAGUUCAUGGAGACAGGCUCUCUGGAGAAGCUGCUAGCCUCUGAGCCGUUGCCGUGGGAUCUGCGCUUCCGCAUCAUCCACGAGACGGCCGUGGGCAUGAACUUCCUGCACUGCAUGUCCCCGCCGCUGCUGCACCUGGACCUCAAGCCCGCAAACAUUCUGCUGGACGCCCACUACCACGUCAAGAUUUCCGACUUUGGGCUGGCCAAGUGCAACGGGCUGUCGCACUCACACGACCUCAGCAUGGACGGGCUGUUCGGCACCAUCGCCUAUCUCCCUCCGGAGCGCAUCCGCGAGAAGAGCCGGCUGUUCGACACCAAGCACGACGUGUACAGCUUCGCCAUCGUGAUCUGGGGCGUGCUGACGCAGAAGAAGCCGUUUGCAGAUGAGAAGAACAUCCUGCACAUCAUGGUGAAGGUGGUGAAGGGCCACCGCCCAGAGCUGCCGCCCGUCUGCAGAGCCCGGCCGCGUGCCUGCAGCAACCUCCUGCGCCUCAUGCAGAGAUGCUGGCACGGGGACCCCCGCGAGCGGCCCACCUUCCAAGAAAUCACUUCUGAAACCGAGGACCUGUGCGAUAAACCUGACGAUGAGGUGAAAGAGACAACUCAAGACCUAGAUGUAAAAGACCCUCCGGAGCCCAAGACUGAGGCGCCCGUGUCCACGCCUCUCAAGCGAGCCUCGGCCCCGGCCUUCGAUAAGGACUACAGCCUUUCUGAGCUGCUAUCGCAGCUGGACUCGGGCAUCUCCCAGACCCUCGAGGGCCCCGACGAGCUCAGCCGCAGCUCCUCCGAAUCCAAGCUUCCAUCGGCGAACAGCGGCAAGCGGCUGUCGGGGGUGUCCUCGGUCGAUUCUGCCUUCUCCUCCAGGGGGUCCUUGUCCCUGUCCUUCGAGCGGGAGCCUUCCACGGGCGAUCUCGGCACGACCGACGUGCAGAAGAAGAAGCUCGCGGAUGCCAUCGUGAACGGGGACACCAGCCGGCUGAUGAAGAUCCUGCAGCCGCAGGACGUGGACCUGGUCCUGGACGGCGGGGCCAGCCUGCUGCACCUGGCGGUGGAGGCCGGGCAGGAGGAGUGCGUCAAGUGGCUUCUCCUCAACAACGCCAACCCCAACCUGACCAACAGGAAGGGCUCCACCCCGCUCCACCUGGCCGUGGAGAAGAGGGUGCGGGGUGUGGUGGAGCUCCUGCUGGCCCGGAAGAUCAGCGUCAACGCCACCGACGAGGACCAGUGGACGGCCCUCCACUUCGCGGCCCAGAACGGGGACGAGGGCAGCACGCGGCUGCUGCUGGAGAAGAACGCCUCCAUCAACGAGGUGGACUGCGAGGGCCGCACGCCCAUGCACGUGGCCUGCCAGCACGGGCAGGAGAGCGUGGUGCGCACCCUGCUGCGCCGCGGCGUCGAUGUGGGCCUGCAGGGCAAGGACGCCUGGCUGCCGCUGCACUACGCCGCCUGGCAGGGCCACCUGCCGAUCGUCAAGCUGCUGGCCAAGCAGCCGGGGGUGAGCGUGAAUGCCCAGACGCUGGACGGACGGACGCCCCUGCACCUGGCCGCCCAGCGAGGGCACUACCGCGUGGCCCGCAUCCUCAUCGACCUGCAUUCCGAUGUCAACGUCUGCAGCCUGCUCGAGCAGACGCCCUUGCACGUUGCCGCGGAGACGGGGCACACAAGCACUACCAGGCUGCUCCUGCAUCGGGGUGCCGACAGGGAGGCGGUGACCUCCGAGGGCUGCACUGCCCUGCACCUGGCUGCCCGGAACGGGCACCUGGCGACCGUGAAGCUGCUGGUGGAGGAGAAAGCCAACGUGCUGGCGCGGGGGCCCCGGAACCAGACGGCGCUGCACCUGGCUGCCGCCGGUGGGCACUCCGAGGUGGUGGAGGAGUUGGUCAGUGCGGACGUGCUCAACCUGUCUGAUGAACAGGGGCUCAGCGCGCUGCACCUGGCCGCCCGGGGCAGACACGCCAAGACGGUGGAGACGCUGCUCAAGCACGGGGCCCACGUCAACCUGCAGAGCCUCAAGUUCCAGGGCAGCCACAGCCCCGCCGCCACGCUGCUCCGGCGAAGCAAGACCUAGUUUGCUGUCCUCGGAGACCGGGGCCUUGUGCAGGGUCCCAUUGUUGUGUUCCGAGGGGCGCACAGAAUGAUGCUGUGCUGGUCAGCAACCCUCACCUUGCUGAUGGCCUGGUGGCACUUGACCGUGAACAGGCCAUCAAGAGGCUGCUGACUCUUGAUUCGUGCCGGAAGUCUGCGUGGGCGGGGUGCCCUCCAAAUGAAGGUGGUUAGAAGGUGCUGACAUCCACUCAUCGAUGUGCCUGGUGUCGGACGAUGGGUUGAAAUCAUUUCGUUGUACUCCUGCUCCUGAGGUCGGUUCCUCGGGGACAGUCACGGGCACGCUGUCAUCCACGCUGUCCUGCGUGCAGUCCCCGGAGCGCCCGCCUGGGGACACGGGUGGAGGAGCUGUCUUCCUUCCCCAUUGCAGCGGCAGACGCAGCAGAACGUUGUGUGGAAUUCUCGUUUGUGGAACGUUGUUGCUAGAUGAACAUAGUAUCAACUGUUGCUUUAACCUCGUAAAAAAACUUUCAUGUCAUUGGAUAGGCUAGUCCGUGAGCAACCUGUAUAAAGUAACACGGUUGGGUUUUAGAAGCACAGCAACCUUCCCAGCUCUGACACAGAUCUGUUCUCAGCCAGCCCUGGUGGGGACCACACACCUCCCAGAGUGCUCCUUGCUCCUUCAUUUCUUCUUACGUAAAACGUGCUUUGAACUCUGGAGCCAAAUGUAAGUCAUGUAAAAAUUCACUCGUAACCUCAGUUUUGGACUCAGAGCAGUAUUACCCAGUGAGACGAACCCCCCGAAUUGUCGGUUUCUUUCCCACUCUGGGGUUUGGUAAGGUGGUCGUCUGUGCGGAGUGCUGCUGUUGGGGUCCCAGAGGGGCUUUCUGACCCGCUUCACACACCUCUGAGCUGUGCAGCCCCCGAGGCAGCUCCAGAGACCCCCGAACAUCUGGCUGUAAAGAUGUGGUCGUCUAGCCCUCUUGGUCGCCGCUACGCGUGUGCCACGGGGCCCCACCCCCAGUACUGGUGUUAGAGAGGGAGUUGCUGCAGGAGGUCCUGCUUGCAAACGUGCCUGUGGUGUACGAUACAGAGAUUGACGCUGACAUACCGUGUAUGUUAACGUGAAUCUGCGGGCUGGAUACUUCUUUUCCGUGAUAGGAACUGUCCAGGCUGUGUAGAACUGGCUAUGUUUUAAUAUGCCUCGUGCGUGUACGGUACUGUGAUGUGCUACUGUCCUGCGGAGCGUGU